AUGGCCACGUCGCUUGCCCGCCCCGUGAUGCGCUCGCCGGCUCUGCGGAUGGCGUCUCGCCGCCUCGAGAGCACCGCUGCCAGUAGCAAGGCCGCCGAGGCCGCCAGGGGCACGGCCUCCAAGGCCCAGCAGGGUCUGUCGCGCGUCACCAGCGCCGCCGGUCCUGCCAUUGCCGGCGCCGCCAGAGGCGUCGGCAAUGCCCUGGGCAAGAUUGGCGGCCGGACCGGCCGUCUGGUUGCCCUCGUCGAGCGCCAAACCCCCUUUGUGGUCUACUACUCCAAGGUCGGCGCCGAGGUCGCCAAGCUGGUCUUCCAGGGCCAGAAGAUGAGCCCCCCCUCCCUCGCCACCUUCCAAAACACCUACCAGACGCUGUGGCGGUCGCUGCGGCGAGGCACGCUCUUCCCGUCGCCCCAGAACAUGCUCCAGCAGGCGCGCAGUCUCAGCACCGCGCAGCUCGCUGCCGCCGGCGUCGUGGCCGCCGAGUGCCUCGGCUUCUUCACCGUCGGCGAGAUGCUGGGCCGCUUCAAGAUUGUCGGAUACCGCGGCCAGACGGCCCCGCACCACUGA